UUUUAAAACUAGCGAAAUGUUUGAAGUUGUUAUGUAUUUAUUAUAUACAAUCAUAUGGUUGGCCGCAAUUCUUGGCAAUGGAUUUAUCAUUUAUAUAGUGAUCAAAGAGAAACCAAUGCAAACAGUAACCAACCUUUUCAUCCUAAACCUGGCCGUCGGCGAUGUCCUAAUGGCCGCACUGUGUAUACCGUCGACAUUUGUGGCCGACCUAUUGCUUCAUUACUGGCCAUUCGGCUCAUUCAUGUGUAACAUUGUUGGCUAUUCACAAGCGGUCACUGUUUUCAUCAGUGCCUACACAUUGAUUGCUAUCAGUAUUGAUAAAUACAGAGCUAUAUUGCAUCCAUUGAAGUCAAGAAUAACCGAAAUGAAUACAAAACUGAUAAUUAUGAUCAUUUGGUUCAUAUCAUUGGUAACACCAUUGCCUACAGCCAUACUGUCCAAACUGAAAAAAAUGAAUCUCAAUUCACCGCACAUGACCUGUAUUGAGGACUGGAAUGAUAACAAUAAACGCUAUUACUAUUCGCUGACAUUGAUGUCAUUGCAGUACAUAUUUCCGCUAACUGUCCUCAUCUAUACAUAUGUUAGAAUAGCUGUCGUAUUGUUUGCCAAACAAACCCCCGGAGAAGCUGAAGACCAAAGAGAUCAGAGGAUCAGGGCUUCCAAGAGAAAGAUGAUCAAAAUGAUGAUGUUAUGUGUACUAUCGUAUGCCGUUUGUUGGCUACCAUUGAAUACAAUUAUUUUGAUCGGCGAUAAAAUGCCCGACAUCUGGAAACACCAGUAUAUUAUGAUUAUAUGGAUAAGCAGUCAUUGGCUGGCAAUGAGCCACUCGUCAUACAAUCCUAUCAUCAUAUUUACGAUGAACGCCAAGUUUCGGCUAUCAUUGAAACAACUAUUCACUAAUAGGCGAUCCCAACGAUCCAUACGUACGCCGACACUGUUGGCUACGAUUAACAACAAUUUACAGAUACGACAGUCUAUAUGAUA